AUGCCUCCAAAACCCCGAAAGAGCGGCGACGAGGAGUAUAUACCUUCCUCCGAUAGUGAAGAGAGUGAGUCACCAGAUGAAAAUACUUCAAGUCCUCGUAGAGGACGCCCAAAGGAAAAAUCAACAGAAUCAUCAUCCGCACAUGGUGCUACAAGUAAACAUAAUCCCCGUUCCAAGAAGGGUUCUAAUAAGAGUCCUAGCAAAACUGUGUCAUAUACAUCCUCUUCAGUCCAUAGUUCGAGAACCAGUUCAAAUAGUCGUCCCAAUGUUGGUGGUACAAAGGUUGUUCGUAAAGGAACGAGGCGAUUUGUUCGCCGUCAGAACACAUUAGUUGUUAAAAAAGUCGAUAACUCAGCCGAAGUGGAGUUGUUGGCUAAGCUUCCAUUACCAUCUUCUUCAAUUCCUCACGUAUACAAUAAAAAGAUCAGUUUAAUUGGCUCAAUUAAUAUCCAAGCACUUGGAGUCAAAAAAUUUUCAAAUCGAGUGAUAAUGCGCAUUAUCGCUGAUAUUCUUAUGAAAUACGAUAUUGUCCUGUGUCAAGAAAUUCACAUUCCGAAAAGCCAGGAAGAACUUAUGCAGGAAUUUGCUGAAAUGGUGUCUACGCCAGCUACACCAUACUCUUAUAUUGCUAGCGAACCCAUAGGUAGGAAUUCAUAUCAAGAAAGGUACCUUUUUAUGUAUAGGAAAAAUGAAUGGAAAGUUUUGGAUAGUUAUGUUAUCGAUGACGACGAAAAGUUAGGUGACAAGUUUAUUAGAGAUCCUUAUGUAGUAAGAUUUGAACAUUUGAGAAAGUCGAAUGUCAGAAUCACCCUAGUUGGUUGUCAUACGCAGCCAGAAAAGGCGUUCGACGAAAUCAAAGUGUUGGUAACUGAUGUAUACGUGAAUGUAAAAAAGAAAUUACAAAGAGAUAUCAUACAGGAAAAGAGACAACGUAACCGUGAUAGAUCGGUGCAAGAAAAGGCAAAAAAAGAAUCUCAGGGAUUUUUCUCUCGUUUGCUUUCCACUUUACGCACCAAUUUGUGCUGCUGCUUCUAUUCUAAACGGAAAUCGUCUGUUUCCAUGAGGGAUUCCAAGGAAGAGAUAGAAGAGUUAUCACCUUCAACGGGUGAAGGGUGCGACGAACCUAUCGUUAUGAUGGGCGAUUUUAACGCGGCUGGUGCUUAUGUUAACAAAAAACAACGCGCCGAGCUCGACAAAGUAUUGCAAAAAAAUAAAUUGAUGUGGGGUAUUCAACAUUCCACCGAUACGACAGUUGCCGAUGGUCCGAAUUCCGCGUAUGAUCGAUUUGUGUUCGAAGUUGCAAAUGAGCGAAGAUGGAUCGGAAACACCAGUGUGUGGAGGUUUGACGAGAGUUGGGAAAAGCAUUCCGAGGAUAAAACCUUAAUCAAGAAAGCAGCGAAACAAGAUUCAAACGGAUUUCCACAAUGGGAUGACAUGCAACAUUCGUUGAUGGACUGUGCUGCACAUCAGAAUCUGUCAAUAAUGUCCGAUCAUAAUAACCCAGUCCAUAAUGGCUGUACCUCUACAUUGGCAAUUGAGAAAAUUCUUGUAACAUGUGAGUCGCAACUCCAGGAUGACGAUCGUCAAAUUAAAACUCGAGUAGUAUAA